AUCCUGCAUCUUCGCUGAUACUCACUACCACUCCCGAAGUGUGGCACUAGGAUUGGAUGAUGUCACAAGCUCUGACUGACACUUAUCGCCACGACGAGAUGGCCGGGACAUUCGCGUCGCUGCGGAAACAGGCGAUGCAGUUACAAGAAGACCUCCCCAAUCUGGUGAACGACAUCAAACCGAAGAGCAAAGACAUCGUCGAUGCUGUCAAGGCUACCAGCAGAGUAACUGGACCUCUACGGGUGGUUGUCGAGGUGUUUGCGUGGUCGACAGUUUUGGUUUUCGCCAGUACGAUUGGCUCCUUCGCGGGCUCCUACAUCAUCGGCCCCUUCCUCUCCAUAUUAUUUGGAAAAUUCUUAAGCGUACUCUUCGCUUACUUUCUCAUCCCAGUCGCAGCACAUGCUGUUGUUAAAAAUAAGGAACGCCACUAUGAGAGUGAUAAUCAGAUAAGAACUAUGUUACUGGCAACCGCACUCACCCAAGGAGCGUUGGCGGGUUAUACCAUAGACCAUCUCUACCUGUCCGGGCAGCCGUUAGCCUUCGUCACUCCAGCCGUUGUCUCUGUUGCAUACACGGUCGCUGUUCGGCAGUUUCAUGGCGAUCGCUUCAGGAUAAUUGGCGCUUCACUGGGAGCGGCAUUGCUGGUCAAUAUGAUAUUGGGAAUUAUGAUCGUUGAAAAUAGCGUUUCGUAUCAAUUCCUCACCCUUGGUUAUUGUGGAAUAGCUGGAAUAGUCAUGCAGCUCGUCUUUUACGAUGCUCAAUCGCGUUCGCAAAGCCGUGGCUAUGUCUAUCAGAAUGCGCUGAACUCUAUGUAUCUCUUAUUCAAAGGAGCGACUUUCUACUGCUUCGGUACUUACAUCGAAUGAGCAUUAGAAUAAAUGACUCAGUGUUUACUGAUGCAUAAACACUUCAAGAUCAUCUCUUGUCUCGUUCUUCGCAUUCGUUCUAUGAGUAAUUGAAAUGUCCUCCUUUGAUAAAUUGUGAACGAGCA